AAGACAACCAAACCUGCCGUAGAAUAUGCUGAAAAACAAGACAAGGUAAGUUGGGGUUUCAAAGACAACAUGGUGAGUUAUUUACAGAAUUAUAUUAAUAUCAUUACGGUGAGUUAUAAUUAGUCAUUGGUUAGCUACCAAAUCAUAAAAUUUUAAUAUUUGGCAUUCAGAAUAUAUUGACAUUUCGAAAUUUUACGUACAGAAUAUUGAAAUUUUAAGUUUUGACAUUCUAAAGAAAAAUUCAAGAUUCUCCAUUACAAAUCUUGAAAUGUCUCAAGAUUUUGAAUACCAAUUAGUGCUUUAAAUACAACAUUGACAUAAGGGGUGGACCAUUUGAUUUUUGAUGGGGGGGUUGUAGGAUUUUUAGACUGCUAGAUAUUUUUUUUUAUUGCUCCAGCCCUGCAGGAUUUUUUUUAAAUCUCCCCGUCCUUGCAUGAUAUUUUUUUUAAUGGAAAUUUAAAACACAAAUUUUGAAGUUUAAUAACUUGACCAUCACCAGCCACUCAAAAUUCACCCUUUAGGCUAUUAAAAACCACCUUUACGUGCAAAUUUUUGCAUCUUUUUUUCAAAGUUUUCAUUUUUCUUUCAAAGUAAUAAAGUAGUUUCAUCCUUUAUUCCUUUUCAGUGUAUUAAAUAUAUUUACAAUGGUUUAUAAUGACAAACUUGCAUCAAUUUUCCUAAACAUUUUUAGGAUGAACCUGCUGAGACUACAUUUGUUAUAUUUAAACCCCUGAGUUCACAGGCAUUAAAUUGUUAGUUGAAAACCAUCCGAUCUGUAUGAUGUCAUGUGUUGGGGGUCGGAUAGCGCAACAAUUUUUUUCAGAGCCUUCGGGUGUCUAAAAAGAGCCCCCCUCAAAACUUGUUUAUUAAAUGGUCUGUUUCAUCUUUUUCAGUGUACAAAGAAAUGCAUCUCCACUAACCUGCUGUUGAUUUCCCAUGCUGUGCCUCAUACAUGCCUUCUCAGAGAAAAAUAUUGGUUUUGCAUUUUUAUAGGAAUGUGACUAUUGCAUAAAAUAUUUUACAAUAAGCAGUCUGUAGAAAAUAGCAUUCUCAAAUAGACCUAUCUUAUAGACUGUUGCAUUUUUAUUGUUACUGUUGCAUAAAAUAUUUAUAGAGAAAAAUUUCCAUUAUUAUUUAUUGAUCAAAUGAUUUUUAUUACAAAUCACAAUUUGCAGUAUUUUAAAUAUUUAUAGAGAGAAUUUCUUCUCUCCAAAAGCUGCGAUUAUUUUGGUCAGCACCGAGUAUCGAGACCUGGCUGCUCUGCAAAGCCACUACCCGAAGUCCACAUUUAAUGCACUAGCUCUUCAAAUCUGACAAAUCUGAUUGCCUGAAAACUGCAGAAUGAGUGCUCAGCACAUGUUCAAAAAUUGGGACCAGCCAGGGGAAUCACUUCCAGGUGCUGACCAAAAAGAUUGCACCCUCUGGAGAUGAGAAUGUUGCAAAUAGCUAUUAAAGCUUUGCACCUUACAUUUAAAUUUGGCUAGAUAUGCAGAUGUACAGGAUGUUGAAGACAACCUUGUUCAUUUAUGAAGAAAAUUUUAAACUGUUAUUAUUCUUAAGGCUCAAUUGUUCUUGAUGGAUAAAUAUAGACAAUUUCUGCCAGCUUGUGGUUUAUUAAAGACAUUGUUAAAUAAACAUUUGUCACUACAGUUGUCAAUAGGUGAGAAAAUCAGAUUGGUAGUUGACCCCUUUGAAUCAUCUUUUAUAUAGGUACAUGAUCUAUAAAAUUACAAUAUUUCAAUGCCUAAAUAACUAAAACAAUUACGUUUUAAUUUAUGUGCUACAGACUGUUUACUAUUAUUUUCUUGGCUUGAAAAUAGGCAAUGAACACAAAAGUAAUAGAACUCUGCAAAAACACGAAUGACCCAGAGGGAAAAAAUGCUCUUCGAUCUAUUUGAUCGUCUUUUGUCUCGUGCACAUAUCCAGCGCAUCCGUUUCACAUUCUUUGUAUAUUUUGAACCCUGCACCAAUUCAAUGUGGCCUGCCUUUACUCUUGUUUGUUCAAUUUCCUUUUCCAUAAAGUAAAUCUUAUUUUGUUACAAAAAUACCUGCACGUGACAACUGUUAGGGUGGGAAUCUGAAUGCAUGAAUAUCUUUGAAUCAUAAUAUCCUUCUAGAUCAGAGGGUUCACUUUAAUAGGAAAUCUAAUUGAUAAAUCAUGCGUCGCGCUUGCAAAAUACUAAUUCACGCAUCAAAAAAUGUGAUGCCCAGUCCUGUAUCAUGUGACUCACAGCUACUUUUGGGGCCGUCACGCAUCACGCAAAAUCCUUUGCCACGCCCAGGUUAAGGCUGCUCGAUUUUUUUUCCUUCUUUAGAAUUCUGCAAGAAAUUUUUUUUUAACCAGAAACAUAUGCUCGAUAUUUUUUUUGGGAUUUGCACAACCCCCCCCUCCCCAUCAAAAAUCAAAUGGUCCACCCCUAAAGUGCAUUUUUUUACACACACAGGCUGAACAGGGCAUGAAACAAGCAAACUAAGUCGGAUCAUUUUACGUUUCUGGGAAACUUUCCACCUACCCCUCCCCUAAAGCAAUAUUUUGCCCUAAGUGAGAAGUAAGUGUUAAUGUUGGCUUAGGGGAGGGGUAGGUGGGCAGUUUCCCAGAAACGUAAAAUGAUCCACAAAGUCUUCUACCUACAACUCCAGCCGGUCCGUACUACCUUUACCAUGGCUUAAUUCUUUAGUAUAGCUAAGACUUUGUCGACACGAAUCCAUUUAAAAGACAUUAAACGAUCUCGCAAACAAAACGAUUGUUAGAGAGGAUAAAAUCGUGACAGAUAAAUAUUUGCCUGCGUAGCAAGCGUUUCCGUUACGGAAUUUUUGGUUUUGGCCGCGUGAAACCGCACAGAAACGCCUUUGCUAUGCAGGCUAGAUAAACAGCAUUCUCAUAUACUAUUAACACCUGUAAUAAUACGACGUGAUUUAACCUACCUUGAGUUCUUUUUCAGCAAUGCCUGCAGUUUUAUCUACUUCGGGCAAGGUCCUGACCACUUCAACAUCUAUGGAGGAAGUAAAUACCUCUUAUUAGCCGAGUUUUCGGUCCGCACUGUAAAUUACGGACUGAGUUUUUUUCCAUCGAUUUAUGGCCCAGGCGCGAAGCGCGCGGGCCAUAAAUCGAUGGAAAAAAACGAGGAUCCGUAAUUUACAGUACGGACCGAAAAAACGAGGCUAAUAAGAUGUUUAUUAUAUGGCUUCUUCCUGUUUGGGGGACCGGAAACAAGUGCAGGACGCACGAUUUGACAGUCAUUUGACAGGUGUCAAAAAAGAAAGUUUUUAUUGGCGCACGAAAACAAUAGCACAUAACAAAGGCUUUCCGAGAAAGUAAAAACAAAUUCGCCAUGUUAAAAAAGUUUAUUCGGUCAAAACUAAGAGCACUGUAAGUUUUAGCUCUUUAGUGUAACGCUGGAGUAUUUUGAAAACCGCACACUGUGUCUGUCUAGAAGUCGUUUCCAUCUUUCCCCCGUUUGUCCUUGUGAAAAAACACUGCAAAAGGCAAAGAAGCUUUUCAAGGUAAGUUUGUUGUCAUUGUCGAAGGAUUCGCUCGUUAAUUGUUUUUGUCUUUCUGCCAGUUCAUUCUCGUCUUCAAUGGUGAUCUGCGUUAAAAUGUUCAAACACUGACUAGAAUUCUCUUCCUCGGUAAGGUUACGAUUCAGUUUCUACAACAGCUUCGUUCUCAUUAAAACAAAGCUAGGUUAAAAUUUGGAAAGGUAAGGUCAACAUCUCAGUCCUCAGGGUUUACAUACAUAUUUCAAAGUUUAUUCGAUGGAAACUACGAGCACUGUAAGGAUGUAAGUAUUCACUCGUUAAUGACGCUGGAGUCUUUUGAAAACUGGACAUUAUUGUGUCUGGCUCGAACUCGCUUCUAUCUUUCUUUCUUUGGUCUUUGAAAAAGCACUGCAAAUGGCAAAGAAGCUUGUCAAGAUGAUCGGGUGCAGGUAUGUUUCUUAUCAUAUUUGUUGAAGGGAUUACUCAUUUUCUCCAAGGCAAAACUUCUCGAAUCUCUGCCUGUCGAUUUUCGUAUUCUUAACUGUGUACCACGAUAAAAUUUUCAAACACUGACUAGAAUCCUCUUCGAUAAGAUUACGAGUUAGUUUCUUCAUCGCCUUCGUUCACAAAUAAACACAGUUUAAAAUGUUGAAGGCCAAAGUCAACAUCCAAGUCCUCAAGGUUGACAGGCGUCUUAUAACUUUAUUUAAACAUUUUUUCCGCGGUAAAGAGAUUUUGACCUCCAAAAUGAGCAUUUUUUUUUAAACGUUUUGGUCCGUAUAGCAAGUUACGGACCGCAAAUUGACCAAUAGCAUGGCGAAAACAGACUCAACCAUAUCAUAAAGUCAGUUACAGGGACAACAAAGAUGAAAAAUAAAGAUUAUUAUCGAGUUAAAAUAAAGCCUCAUUUUAAUUGCAUUUUUUCACCAAUAGUUAUCAUUAUUGCCCGCGCGGACAAUGAAAUCGGCCAGCGGACGUUAAAUUUCCACAAAUCCUUGGCCUGCCGCACCCUUUACUUGGCGUUUCCUUGACAAGAGUCCUUGUUGAGUCAUCACCGUUGGCAAAUAUCAAUUCUGACAAGAGGACCGAGGACCGAGGACGCCUGGGAACAGGGCUGCGAAAAUUCCGUAACGGACACGCUUGCUACGCAGGCUAAUAUUUAUCUGUCACGAUUUUAUCCUCUCUAACGAUCGUUUUGUUUGCGAGAUCGUUUAAUGUGUUUUGAAUGGACUCGUGUCGAAUUGGUCUCAACUAUACUAAAGAAUCGAUCAAAUGUCUGUACGAUCGAUCAGUUGUCCGUAAUCAACCAUGAUAAGCUGUCUCAAUUGAUCAGUUUUGCUAAUAAUCGAUCAGUUCAUUGUUGAUCAGCGUAAACUCGGCUUGUAUAAUCUACCAUUAGCUACCAUUGUGCGUAUUUUCAUUCAGUUGUGACUAAAAUCGAUCAGUAGUCAUUAUGAUCAAUGAGUUGUGCGUAUUUUCAUUCACUUUUGACUAAAAUCGAUCAGUUGUUAUAUGAUCGAUCACUAGUGCGUAUUUUCAUUCAGUUGUGACUAAAAUCGAUCAGUUCUUAUACGAUCGAUCAGUAGUGCGUAUUUUCAUUCAGUUGUGUCUAAAAUUAACGGGAAAGGCAGGGUGAAAUUUUUAGUAGUGUCGACUGAUCUAUCGGUCGAUAUAGCGAUCGAUAGUCGGUCGACACUCGGUCGACACUCAGUCGAAAGUCGGUCGACACUCGGUCGAUAUAGCGGUAGAUAGUCGGUCGAUAGUCGGUCGACACUCAGUCGAUAUAGCGGUCGAUAGUUGGUCGAUAGUCGGUCGAGACUAGGACGAUAGUCGGACGACACUCGGUCGAGACACGGUCGAUAGUCGUUCCAGAUAUGUCUCGGCCGAUAUAGCUUUUCGUUCAUCGAUACUUCACCGACACUUCACCGAUGUAUCGGUCAGUAAUUGGUCAACGCUCGGUCGAUGGUCGGCCGACACUUGGUCGAUAGUCAGAAGAUAGCAAGAAAUGGUGAGCCUCACCCCAAUGGCUGUUUUGGUCGACUGAUGCAGGACAUCGCAGAACAGUAUCGACUGUAAAUAGAAAUCAAUGACCUUUGUUAGCUAGCAUUUCCUACAUUUUUUUGGUUGGAAAACAAGAAAUUAGAAAACAUUUCCUAGCUUGAGUAUUGGUGUUAACGCGGCGCAUACUGUUUUCCUUUUAUUGGAUAAUCAAAGGUUACUUACCAUUCAAUAUUAAUUUCUGUUACGCAUGGCCGUCUUUAUUUUGAACACAAUGUAUGAGUAUUUUCCUAGCUGUAAAUUGAAAUCAUUCCCACAAUAAAUGAAUGUGUUCAGUCUGCUGGAUAUUUUGGAAUGGAAAUAGAUAAUAAUCUGAAUUUUUCUAAACAUAUAUCAAAUGUAUGCAAAAGAUUAAUAAUCAAUUUAAUGUUAUGUUGCGCUUUAGAAAACUCAUACGCAAGGAAAUCUUAUUCAAACUUUACAAAGCGUAUAUUUUACCUCACUUUUAUUAUUGCUCCUCUGUCUGGCACUUUUGUGGAGCGCGCGAUGCGGAUAAGCUUGAAGCUUUAAAUAAAAGAAUACUUAGAUUUAUACUUGGAGAUUACUCGUCUCCAUACAACACUCUUCUCUCAAAAGUCAGCUCUACUUCUUUGUUUAACAAACGCAUUCAAAAUUUCCUCAUUCUGUUAUAUAAGAGUUUGUUUUUCACUCAUUUUCCUACUUAUAUGAAGAAUAUGUUUUCACUCCGGUCCUCUUCCUAUGAUCUUCGUGGCAACUACAUUCUUUCACUAAGUAAACCUAAAACAACUACCUAUGGUCUUAACUCCUUUUCUCACUUUUCAGCUAAGCAGUGGAAUGCACUGCCGGACUUUUUUCGUACCAGUUUUCUUGCAGACUUUAAGACUGAAAUACAGGAUGUUACCUUCAUGUAGAUUCUUUUUGCCUGACAUACUUAAACUUAAAAUUGUGAAUGGUAAAUGAUAUUUUCUUUCCUUGCAUUUAAUGUAUAUAUAUAUUUUCUAUAUAGUUUUUAUGUAGUGUCAGCUCGAAGAUAUUAGCUUGUUAGCUACUCUAAAAUUCGAGUAUAAAUAAAGUUUUAUGUUAUGUUAUGUUAUGUGUCACCUUCCUCGGCGCAUUAUCAGCUUGUUCUAUCUGUAGCUGAUCGUUAAACGAAGGACUGUUCCCGUCUUCAAUGCAGAAAUAUAUAAGUUUAAUUUGUGGUCUCCACAAGCGAGAACUUGACGUGAUGAAGCAGGUCAAAGCCCAAUAAUAAAAGAUGUGUAUUCCUCGCUCUUAAAUCAUGUCAUGAACUGCCCUUCCUAUUCAUUAUUCGUCCACUUCGGGACGGCGGGAGCAGUCGUUUCUCUCGUCCUUCUUUAAGUAUUCUUCGACUGCGGGACCACAGAAGCAGCAGAUUCAACUUAGACUCUGACAGGUUCUGUUUAACAGCCAAAAAUCAGACGAUCGGUGAUGAUACAAACUGGCAAAAAAACGGUUACCAUGUCCCUAGUUUCCAGUGCCCUUCGGUUCGCUUCAUAGAGUAAUUGCGCCUCGCACUGCCAAAUGUUCCUCCAUCUCAUGAUAACAGUAAUUAACGAUGCCAUUGCUUAAAAAGAAAGCCAUUGGACUCACCUGCUAAAUUAACACACGACUGAUUUUCGACCGACAGUUGAUCGAUAUGUCACCGACAUAUGACCGAUAGUCGGUCGAGGUGCGUCGUCGAAAUAUCGACCGAUACUCGGCCGAUAGUCUAUCCCACGAUCGACUAACUAUCGACCGACUGUCCACUGACUAUCGAACGACUAUUGACCGCCGACCAUCGAACGCUAUAUCGACCGAUAAAUCGGUCGACACUACCUGCAGUAAACAACAUCUAAUUUUUAAAGAAAGAAAAAUUAACGCGACGUACAAACAGAAACGAAAGUUGUUUAAAGAACAGGGACUAAUUUAUUUAAAGUUGAUCGAAAUCCAGGAAGCCGAUAUUGAGAGUAAUAUUCUUCUCACAGUACCCUGCUAGCAGUGGUUUCUCCAGGCCGGACGCUGGAGAAACCACUACUCGCAGCGACCAUGAAGAUGAAAUGUUGUUACAGUAAUGAAAUUGUGAAAGAUUGAUCGGAAAUUUUAAAAGUGCGCGAAACUAAAGCUAUUCAGUUUUCUAGUUUUCUUCUAAGAAUGUCUGGAGUAGGUCGAGAAUUCUGGGCUAAAAUGAUAGAAGGUAAAAUACAGACAAUUGAUCGAUUUUAGUCACAACUGAAUGAAAAUACGCACAACUGGUAGACUGUACAAGCCGAGUUUACGCUGAUCAAUAGUAUAGUACCCGAUAACUGUUAGAUAAUAAACUGAUUGAUUAUUGGCAAAACUGAUCGAGAUUUGAGACAGCUUACCAUGGUUGAUUACGGAUCAUAUACAUCGAUUUAAACACGACGGAUUACCGAUUGAUGAUAUGCCGGCUGAUCGAUAUUACGUAUCUGGUAGAAAAUUAGCACAAUAUAGUAAUAUUUUAAUUGAUCGAUAACUGGUCGGUAAACCCGAUCCGCAAAACUGAUUGACUGGAGUUCAUAGUAAACUAUUAAGUGAUUGUUCUUAAUAAUGACGACGAAAAAGCAAUAAUGAAAGGAUCAUGAGUCCUUCUUUCUGAUUUUCAGCGCUUAUAUCCAUGAUUCAGAACAAAAAAAGAUUAAAAAUUUAUAACCAAUGAAAAAAAUAAUUUCGAAACAAACGGCGCGCCAUACCCACUUACCCCUCCCCUAAGCCAACAUUAACACUUACUUCUCACUUAGGGAAAAAUGCUGGCUUAGGGGAGGGGUAGGUGGGCAGUUUCCCAAUCCGACUCUGUUUGUUUGUUUCAUGCCCUGUUCAGCCUGUUUGUGUAAAAAAAUGCACUUUAUUUGAGUGUCAAUGUUGUAUUUAAAGUACUAAUUAGGGACACUACUUGACCACCAGUUUACACGGUUUAAGCGCCCCUACCGACUAAGCUAAUCCUGAUUGUCCUGAUUUCUAAUCGCACCUUCUGGCUAAAGCUCUCACGUUUGUAAUCCACUUUUCAGAUAGAGAAGGAUGGUCACCUUUUGGAGCGGAUUGAACAGCGACAAACUGUGCGACAGCAGCGACUUAGAGACUACUGUGAGAAGCACGCUUCAAGCAGAAUUCGAAGCGAUCGAUACCAUCAUCCUGUAAUUGUUAACGAUGAGUACAAAGUAAUCUUCUGCUAUAUUCCCAAGGUGGCCUGCAGUCAAUGGAAACGUGUCUUUCUUGCUCUUGAUAACCGCACCGAUGUGGAUAAUGUGCAUGAUAACAAACAUUUUAAAUUUCUCGUAUAUGAUUAUUCGGACGAGGAUAUUAAAGUGAGGCUAAAAUCGUACUUUAAGUUUCUUUUUGUUCGCGAACCACUCGAGAGGCUUUUGUCAGCCUACAAUAACAAGUUUGUAAACAAGCAAUGGCCUUGGAGAAUAAUUCAAAGUUAUAAAACGAAAAUUUUGAAAAGAUACAAACAAGACGAACCUAGCUCUAAUAGCUCUGACCAGGAUCUUACUUUUAAGAAGUUCAUUUACUAUGUGAGUGAUGUUGGGUUUGAUCGAAAUGAACACUGGCGAUCGUACGGCCCAAUUUGUCACCCGUGUGAUAUAGAGUACGAUUUCAUCGGUCAUUUUGAGGACAUGCCAGAAGAAGCACCUUAUAUCCUACGGCAAACAGGAAUGGAUCGGGCGGUGACCUUUCCUCCGUUUCUUACCCACAAUACUACAAGUCAACUUCUUAAAAGCUAUGCCCCGAUACCCAAGGAGAAGAUCGCUCAGGUGGGUAAGGCCUUUGAAGAAGACUUUGAAAUGUUUAAUUACGAUUUUCCAGGGCCUCUAUCCGAUCUCAUGCACGAUUGA